AUGUCUUGCCUUGACUCACAACAUCAAUGCACGGAAGUCGUACGGUGCGCAGAUGCCGUGCUUGCGUAUUCGUUGAGAGACGAAGAUGCCGGUUGUCGCUAUGACCUUUGGAUGACGAGAGGCAUUCGCAACUUGGGUUCUUACCGACCCAGCGCAUCGGGAAUCGAUCUUUGCAUUAGAUACGGCUCGUAUCUGAUCAUCGAAUGCUGUGCUUGGACAUCUGAAGAGAUGUCGUCGUGGUUCAUUGAACACUACGCUGCCAAGCUUGCGCGACACACAAUUGCAUGCGUGGCUUUUCUCGUGGACUUGGUGUACUGGAAGCGCAACGAGCUUCCAGAUCAUAUCAAAUCCUUUGCGACUGAGAAUCGAGGUGAAGGUUGGAAAAAGUCUCAGAGGUCAAAAAUACGAGAGUUUGCCGUUCCUGUCUCGGAAGGCGCAACCCGUUGGAAACGGGUCGUGGAGGCGGUUGAAAGCGAAGACGCGCUCCCGCGACAGAUCGGCAAAAGAUCGUUUGUGGCCGGUAAAGGCCGUUACUCCUGUUUCUGGCUGGCGACAACGACCACAGUGGCCGGCUCUACAGAUUGGCGUAGGGGGUUAGGAGGCAUCGAUUGCAAACUGUCACCGGCUGAAUGUUGGAAUCGCGACACGCAUCAGACGUUUUCGCUACAUCUGCCUCCUGAGGCAGGGCAUCAAACGCCUGCCGAGAACUACAACGCCCUACAGCGUACAAGACGCAAGCCAGAAUCUCUAAGAGGCAAAAAUUCAGGAAGUCAUGAUAUCAGGCUACAGUAA